AUGGUUUUACCAUACAGCAGAAAAUUUAUUGCCGUUGCUGUGCUAGUUGUUACUCUUAUCAUUUCUUCGGUUGAACCGAAAGAAGGCACUGGUUGCCCUUCUAGUGCCGCUUCAUUUAAUGGCGCUAGGAUAAAAUACAAUGUUAUUCUCGUCGAACAACAAACUGAACAACAUCUUACAUGGUUAAGUGAUUGUUACAAUAGACCAAAUACACAUGUGACCUCAAAUACUUUUUCAACAAAAAGCGAGGACAAGGAUAUGAUCAUAAAUUUCUCCGUGCAGGGACUUGCUGGUUAUCAUGGUUGGUUUGAUGCUAAAUUUGUAGAAGACCAAUUAAAAACCCGUUCAGAUGUUCUCAUUGUCGAGGCGGACGCUCCAGUGAAAAUUAACGCUCCAGUAAAAAUUAAUAAUGCUGCACCAGUGGAUACUCAACUAAAGCCAAAUCCCAAUUUGGAUCGCAUAGAUCAAGAAAAAUUUCCUUUGGAUAAAAAAUACACCUUUCCAGCAAGUGCUGGAACUGGAGCCACUGUGUAUGUCGUUGACACUGGUGUCAGGACCACUCAUAAUGAAUUUGAAGACCGCGCUACUGCUGGAGGCGCCUUCUGUACUGGUUGUCCAAAUACCGAUGACAAUGGGCAUGGUACUCAUGUAGCCGCAAUUAGUGCUGGAAAAAAUUUUGGUGUUGCAAAGAAAGCAAAUAUCGUCGGUGUCAAGGUUUUAGAUGCUAAUGGCACUGGACAAAAUUCUUUUGUUAUUGAUGGUUUGACCUUUGUCCUUGACGACUUUAAUAAGAAGAAGAACAAGGCUGUUGUCAACAUGUCUCUUGGCGGAACUUUUUCUGCAGCCGUCAAUGCAGCAGUAAAAUCACUUACCACUGCCGGAGUCCACGUUGCUGUAGCUGCUGGUAAUGAUGGUGAAGAUGCUUGUAAGAGUUCUCCCAGCUCAGAGCUAUCCGCCAUUACUGUCGGUGCUACAGAAAACAAAAAUGAUACUGUAACAGAUUUCUCAAAUAUUGGUAAAUGUGUUGAUAUUUUUGCUCCAGGUCGAGAUAUCCUUUCAGCUGGAAUUAAAAAUGAUAAAGAUACUCAGGUAUUCUCCGGUACAAGUCAAGCUACACCUCAUGUAGCCGGAACUGUUGCUUUAAUUAUGGGAGAUACCGGAAAUGUCUCACCAGAUCAAAUGGUUAAGAAGUUGCUUGAUUUGUCAACAAAGGGUGUUAUUCCUGCUGCUGGUUUAAAGGGUAGCCCAAACAAUUUUGUCGCGGCUGGACUUACUCUACUUGCUACUGCUGAUAUAGAGAUACUCUCGAUUUUUUCAUCGCGAAUUGCCGGACUUCCUACGUUGGACGCUCCUGUUUCGGACGUUGUUCAUUUUUGGGAUUUAAUCGGGACUUGCAUCACAUUCUUCAUUAAGGGUGUACCGCAAUUCGUUAUUCAGGAUUAUAACAAAGUGCAGCAAAGAGCCCAAGUGUCUAUGAAAGUAAGGGAAAAAGAGUAUGUCUGCAUCACCAAUUCUGUAUUGCAUGUGGAUCUACGUAAAGAUGGUCUCCGGUCUCGCACGUCCUACACGGUCGGUCUUACUAUGAUAAAUGUAGGACCAAGAUCGUGA